AAUAAUUUAUUUAAACAAGAGAUUAAUAGAAAUUAACUUAUAAUACAUAUAAUAAUUUUAAAAAUUUUCCUCGUUCCUUUUUUUUGCUCGUAACAUCCGUUACAAAUAGUUUCUAACCAAGCCACCAUGGCGCCGACAACAGAGGUAGGAGAUGAAAAAAGUUCCAAAAAUACAAUUAUCUUCAGUUCUUCCAAAAAAGAACUCUUCAAUGUCAACAAUGGACUCAAGACAUUAAAUAGAAAGUUGAGGUCCUCAUGGCGACUAGUCUUAAAUAAAGAUGAUAUUUCACCUGACAAGCUAAACCAGGCCAGACUUUUCGUUAUCCCUGGACCAAGGGAAAAAUUCACUGCAGCUGAGUUUUCUGCACUAAAAGCUUAUGUAGAAUCUGGUGGCAGUGUGUUAGUCUUGCUUGGGGAAGGUGGAGAAGCAAGAUUUGAAACCAAUAUCAAUUUUUUUUUAGAAGAGUUUGGUAUCAUGAUAAAUAAUGAUUCUGUUGUGAGAACAUCCUAUUACAAAUAUUUUCAUCCAAAAGAAGCUCUGGUCACAAAUGGAGUAUUAAACAGGGCAAUUAGUCAAGCAGCUGGCAAGGUGAGCUUUGGUUCUGGAGAUGAAGAUGGUAACAAUGCUCAGGCACUGUCAUUUCUCUAUCCUUAUGGAGCGACUUUAAAUGUUGCUAAACCUUCAGUUGCUGUCCUGUCCACGGGAACAGUUUGUUUCCCACUAAACAGACCAGUUUGUGCUCUUUAUUCUUCAAGGCAAGGUAAAGGUAAACUAGCUGUGCUUGGAUCCAUCCAUAUGUUCAGUGAUCAGUACUUGGAGAAAGAAGAAAACAGCAAAAUCUUGGAUGUUCUAAUACAGUUUCUCACAACGGAUGACAUCAAACUAAAUGCAAUAGAUGCUGAGGACCCCGAGAUCUAUGAUUACUGCCAGUUACCUGACAUUGCCAGGUUGUCUGAGCAGUUGAAAACUUGCUUGCAAGAAAGUGAUGACAUUCCAAGAGAUAUCACCACACUUUUUGACAACUCUAUGUUUAAACUUGAUACAUCCCUGGUGCCAAAAGCUAUCAAGUCAUAUGAAGAGCUAAAGGUUAAACAUGAACCAUUAACUCUUAUUACACCACAGUUUGAAACACCGCUACCACCUCUGACACCAGCUGUUUUCCCACCUUCCUUUAGAGAACUGCCAGCUCCAGCACUGGAACUCUUUGAUUUGGAUGAGCAGUUUUCUUCAGAAAAAGUCAGAAUAGCUCAGAUUACAAAUAAAUGCAGUGAUGAUGAUCUUGAGUAUUAUGUCAGAGAGUGUGGUGAUAUUCUUGGUGUCACACACAAUCUACCACAAGAAAGUCGUACAGCCAAACACAUUCUAGAACACAUUUUCACACAGAUUGUGGAAUUUAAAAAGCUAAACCAGGAGUCUCCUUAUGAAGCUAGCAUGUCAUGAGUUGAUACAUUCACCCACUUUGUUGAGCCUCACAGUGUACACUGGAACUGUAGACAUGUUGUUUUUAUGAUCUGACUUUUAUUUAUAGAUUUGUUCUAGUUUCAUGUGGACAUAAUAUGCUGCAAGCUGUUUAUAUUUUGUUCCAUCUCUCAUUGUACAUAAAUACUUGAUGCAGAUAUUUAUUUUGUUUAAAAAUAGCAGUUUAAGACAUUUUUGCACCAUAAGCCACAAAUAUGUUUACCUCCUAACUGAUUGUAUGGCCAUUUAAAAAAUUGACUUGAGGUGGAAUUCAGAUAGCAUAAUAAGUGAUACCAAUCCUUGUGAGCAACUUUACUAUUCUGACUAGAUCAGUUUUGACAGGUAUGGAAAACCACAAAUUUCUCGACCUAUACGGUGACAUACAUGCACUAUGCAAAAUGGCAGGGUUUCUGUCCAGGGCUUUUGCAUGAAAGGAUUUUAAAACUCUCAAUUCCUCACUCAAAUGGAGUUUAAUGAUGAUGAUGACUUGAUCAGAAUGUCUAGGGCUCCAUGACAACUAGUAAACAAUAAUUUCACUUUUGAUCUGCUAAUUACAAAGAAUGGUUGUAAUGUUUUGGUAAAAUUUAUUUAGACCAUCAUUUGGUUCAGAAAUAUUUUUUCUUAAUGAAGAUUGAUUGAUGUAGAUAACAUAUUUAUGUUUGGUAUAAAUAUAACAGAUUUCACCUGACUUGACAUUACCUGCUAUCUCUAAAUGACAUAAAACAUCCCUUUAAACAAAUUAUUAAACCUUUUUGUUUUAUUUUCCAAAGGCUCAGUUCUCCCCCUUUUAAAGUUUCAAUGAAAAUUAGGGAUGGUAAAGGAUUUGUUCCUCAAAAUAAAAACAAAAUCAACAUCCAGCACAAACUUAGCUGUUAGAUAUUUCUUUUUAACCACUCAUCAGAUUACUGGCAAGAUAUAAGUCUUUGAACCAAUAAAUAGAAACAAUAGAAAUAGUAAGUUGUAAUAGGAACAAGUUGGCUGCUCAGUUUAGUCUUUAUAUUUUCUGUUCCACCAUUUGAGACAAGUCAUAAAGUGUUAUUUUACUUAUCAACACAAAACAAAAGGAAUUUUUGUUUAUUACAUGUCAUUAUCAUAGACUGACAGCAACUAUGCACAUUUCUUUUGUAAAUAAUUUACUUUUUUAAAAAAAAAAACUUUUUUUUUGGUGUUUAAAAAUGUUAUUAAUUUUUUAAAAUAAAUAUUUAGCCUGUUGCCAGAUUAUCCACACACAAAAUAUAUUUUAAAAUAAAAAAAUUUAGUCAAAAUUAUUUUUUUUGUCUGUGUACGUCUGUAAAUUGUUACUCCAAAUGUAUAGAAUUAUUUUAAUAAAUAAAACAAGUAUUUAUAGAGAAGGAAACAUCAUUUGCCUUGGUCUAAAUACAAAUGUUAGUCUUGUAUUUGCUAUUUUGUUUAUUUUAUACUUGUGAAAAUUCUUUAGUAACAUGCCAAUAAUUCUGUAGAAAUAAAGAGACUGAGUAAACACUGAUACUGUAUCUUAAUAAAAAGAUCAAAAACAAA